GCCACGGAAGCCGAAGGUUUUCGCGGUGGAACAAUUCGAGGCGCUGCAGAGUCGCGACGGCAGCCACCGGCGCGCGAUCAUAUACAAAGCACGCACUCGGCUAUAUAUAUGUAUACAUAUAUAUAUUUUAAUACACACUAAAUACAUACAUAUAUGUAUAUAUAUGUAUAUAUACAUACAUAUAUACAUACAUACAUAUGUAUCUACAUCUACUCCUUCCACGGAACAAUCAGCGGUGUACGUAAACACUUACUGAGGGUCAUCACCGAUAAGCUCAGCUGUUCUGUAUCAAUUAAAAAUAAAUAAAUAACAAACAAUUAAAUAAACAACUCUAUUAAUAAAUCAACAUCGCGAAAGUUCGCGGUACUCGGGUCUAAUAAAAAAAAAAUUUCAUAACUCAGUAAUAAAAAAAACUAAUUUGCGCAGAGAAAAAAAAUAAUUAAAAUACAGUGACGUUAUCGAUAUCAUCCCUCGUAAACACGUGGUCCGGCGCACGCGGCCCACGCCGGUGGAGAGGGCGGGGGUCACUUUGGGGUGGGAGAAGAGAGAGAGACUGAUUGAGACAGAACUUAAUUUAAAUAAAUAAAGUAACAACAGUAUUAAUUAUAAAAAGGUGUUUUUAAUCAUCAAGAACGGAUCAAUCAGCAGAAAAGUUUUUUGAGGAUCUGGUGACGAGUCGGGAUAUGUUGGAGCCACGCUGGAGACCCGUCCAGUGAAGUGUUUUUUUGUGUAAAAAAUUUUGCCAAUAAUUUUAUAUUCUAAUUACCAGUGAAGUUAAUGAUGAUAGUAAUUAUAAAAAAUUAAAAAUAAUUUAUUGGUUGGAAAUGUGUUUCUUCAUCGGUUGGCGUGAAGGCGGUAUAAAAAUUCCUGAUAUAUGAUUACGAAGGUCAGUGGUGAAUUGUUCUUCGGCCACUGAGAGCGGACAUGGUUCAUUGACGGGCACAUUGGGGAAAGUCCAUUCGACUCUGGAUCUUGGGGUAAAGAACAUUUUCAACAAACAUCUUGGCAGCUUAAUCCGCGCGGCCUUAUUAGAUCCAGUGACGAUGGCAUAAUGGAUCAUGACACGGACGGAGACGGUGCGAUCAACUUGUCAACGUCUCAACGACCCUCUGCUUCGACUACUCCGAAUGGUGAUGGUCCACUCUACGGCCAAGAUCAACACGAAAAAGAUCAGGCAUCAACGCUCUACGCUGUUUUAAAGCAACAUCAAUCAAGAGAUUUAAGUUGGGAACGCGAUAAUCAAAUUCCGAAAAACACAAAAGAGAGACUCGAGAGAUUGGGACUCAGUGGUUUAGACAAAGCUAUAACGACAAGUUCAACAGCAACAUUGGGAGCUGUGGGAGAUCAUCAGCAUCAGCACCAGCACCAACAUCAUCAUCAGGAUUUAACAAUCGAGUAUCGUAGCAAUGGCAAGCUCAGUCCAACAACUGGGCAAAAUUCAGUGACAACAGCAUCACCCAUGACCCAGCAAAAGCAACCGACACUAUCAUCACAAUCAUCUCAGCCUUGUUCCGGUACGACACCGAGCUCACAACAGACGAGUCCACAUCAAAGCCCCCAGGCGUUGCAUCGUGCAUCGUCUCCAAAUCCCAAUCAGGGACAACUGCCUGGUGGUGGCCCACCUGGUGGUCCACCAACACAUAAUUCUACACAGAUGAUGCUCAGCCCGGCCAGUGGCCUACAUCAUCAGAUGCAGCAACUACUGCAGCAACAUAUUUUAACACCCACGCAGCUGCAGUCCUUCGUGCAGCAGCAUACACUUUAUUUACAACAACAGCAGCAGCAACAUCAUCAGGAAACGUCUUCCGAGCAUGUCGCUAAUCAAGAAAGAUUUGGUUAUUUUUCAUCCAUUAAAAACCAUCAGCAUCAACUGGCGGAGCUGGGGAGGAAACAGCUGGAACAGAAUAUGCAGCAAUUGCAGGAACAACUGCAGCUUAAUCUGAUUCAGCAGACGCAUCUUCUCCAGACGGCAGACAAAAAGAAAAAUUCAGUGCCAUUACAACAACUUGGUGUUCAACAGCAUCAAAUUAUUCAGCAACUGCAGAUGACCCAGAGACAAUAUCUAUUUCAACAGGGAUUAAGUCUUCAGAGUCACAAUCAUUCCUCUGGCAAUUUAUCUAAUGAUAAUGUGCCUGCUUGGAAGUCUGAGCCCAAUGAAAGCAGUGAACCUCAUCAGAAUUCCAGUGUUCCUAAAUCAGGAGCUAGUUUAAAUGGAUUAAUAAAUUCGAUAGCAAAUCGGCGGUCGGAUUUAAAUGGAACAACACUCGUGGAUGAAAAACCACUUGACGUUUCAUGCCAUGACAAAGCUCACCCCCUCUACGGUCAUGGAGUAUGCAAAUGGCCAAGCUGUGAAGUUAUUUGCGAUGACUAUCAAGCAUUCCUCAAACAUAUGAACACCGAGCACACGUUAGAUGACAGAUCGACGGCUCAAGCGCGAGUCCAAAUGCAAGUGGUAUCACAAUUAGAAAUUCAAUUGCAAAAGGAACGAGAUAUUUUAGGCGCCAUGAUGCAUCAUCUUCAUGUAGCGAAACAAAUGUCUUCGCCCGAACCUCCUAAAUCAUCUGAAUCCUCGACGGGUUCAAGUUUAUCAAAAUUAAAUUUAUCAACUGGUUUAAUGAAUCAGCCACCGCCAAAUUUUGGUGUUUCGCAAGUAUCGCCAGCAUCAAUGUCAGCAUUAGUAUCAGCAGUGAGAUCACCGGGUGGCGGACAGCUGGCGCCAUCAGCCGGAGGAACGCCGAUGCCGCCGAUGCCGAAUAUGUCGAGUAUAGCGGGAAUCCCAUUGCCAAACAUGCCCGGAAGUAUGCCAACAAUACCCGGCGGAUUACCGAGCAUGGCGGGACCUAUUCGAAGGCGAAUCAGUGAUAAGUCCGCGCUUUCUCUCGCGGGAGGGCUGCCCUACAUGCUCGAGCGGGCUGGCCUUGACGUCCAACAAGAAAUUCAACGGAAUAGAGAGUUCUACAAAAAUGCUGAUGUGAGACCACCGUUCACGUAUGCAUCGUUAAUACGCCAGUCGAUAAUUGAAUCACCUGAGAAGCAAUUAACCCUCAACGAGAUCUACAAUUGGUUCCAAAACACAUUCUGUUACUUCCGACGAAAUGCAGCAACAUGGAAGAACGCCAUCCGCACCAAUCUAUCAUUGCACAAGUGUUUUGUGCGCUAUGAGGACGACUUUGGGUCAUUCUGGAUGGUGGACGACGCCGAGUUCGUAAAGCGGCGGCAUCUGUCCCGCGGCCGUCCCAGGAAAUAUGACCCAACCCCAUCACCCACUCCACCCCACCUCUCCGCACAGGGGGUGCCAUCGAAAAGUCCCACGCUAACGCACAGUCCGACAAUGUACGGUGACGCUCUCAAUGCCAAUCUCCAGUAUUUCCAGGCUGCGUUGGGUGAAUCUAACAUGGGAUUUUUGAACAAUUCGAUGUGUACAUCAACAGCCACAAGUCCAGACAAGGAACACGUGAUGCCACACAACGAUCUAAUAUUUGUAAAUUACUUCAGGUCAUCUCUCGACGAGUCGGGGAUGCAUAUAAAGCAAGAGGGCCAAAGUCCCGAGGGAAGUAAAUUAUCGAGAUUAAUAAAACGUGAGUUGCUUGAUGGACCAAACGAUCACGAUCACGAGCACGACGACGAGGGCGUCGACGACCGCGAGUAUCCCGAGAGCCACGGUCACGAUUCCGGGCAAGACGAAGAUAUGGCCGAAGAUUUAUCAAUGGCACCAGACAUUAUGACAUCUGACGAUCAAAUUGAAGCGUAGUACCACACAUUUAAUUAAACAUCAACAAAAAUUAACAAUUCAGUUAAAUUUUACGACUUUAAUUAAUUUUUAAAAAUCAACCCAAUUUUUGAAUAAAAAUUAAUUAUUAUUAAUAAUAAUAAUAAAUAAUAAAUAUUUAAUAUUUAAUAAAAAUAAUUGAUAAAUUUCGAUUCUGGUCUUUUGGGCAUAAAUUAAAUAAUAAUAAUUAUUUGUCCGUAUAAAUAAUUUUAGAAAAUAAUCGUAGCUUUAGUCGAAAAAAAAAAAAAAAUAAAAAAAUAUAUAAAAUGGUAAAAAAAAAAAUAAUAAUAACAAA